AUGAAACAACCAAAAGUCAUCUUUUAUCCUACUGUUGAAAUUCAAUUUAUCCUCUAUUUAUCAUCUCUGGGUUUUCUAUUUAUACUUGUUUAUAUUAGCGUGAUUUGUUUCUAUGAAUUGUAUAAAUCACAUCGGCCAAUUAAAGUACAGGAAAUUGAUUUGAGACAAUCAAGUGAUCAAUCAAAACGAAUUAUUACCGUGAAAAGUAUUUUACCAAAUUUAAAUGAUUUUUCUAAAGAAUCCAUGGCGUCAAUAACAACAACACAAGAAAUGAUUGAAUUAGAACAACAAUAUAUGAAAAUUAUUAGUGAACGUUGUGAUCAACAAAUUGCACGACGAAUAUUCUAUGGUCUAGAAGAGCCAACAAUGGCCUUACAUUAUUUAGAUAAUGAUCGAGAAUUUAAUGAACAAAUUGAUAUUUAUAUUAUGAAUAUGAAAGCAAAAACUAAACAAAAAGAAUAUAUUCAACGUAGUCUCGUUACAAAUCAAGAAUCAUAUAUGAAUAUAAUAACAAAUAAACAAAAACAAAAUCGUUUACUUUUAUCGACUUCAUCUUUAACUACAUUAUCAGAUAUACACCAACAAUAUGAGAGCAAUGAUAUGCAUAUACCAAAUAUGAAUUUUCCAAUUAAACAUAGAAAUUCUGAUAUUAAUAAUUAA